CUCUUGAGCACCGUACUUUGCACGUGGCAUCAUCUCAUCCAUCAAAAACCAAAUCCUUGAUUUCAAAAAGAAAAAACCAAGUUCUCCUUUUCCUUAUUUUUCCUUCUUUUUUUAUGGCUCUGAAUGGGUUCCCCUCUCGGUAGACUCGUAGAGGGCGUAAGCAAAGAGCCGAAUGAUAAAUGGCAGCCAUGGUGAUACUUCUGUGGAGUGCAGACGCUCAUUGAUCCCAAACGUUCGACGCCCCACAAGCAGGUUCUUUCUGAGCUAUCUGUUGGAUGGAGAUUUCUCUUUUUUGAGAUGUCGAUUCUCGUGAACGGCUGCUCUUGAACUCUUUCUUGAGCAGAUUUGGUGGUGAAGUAUAGCUUUGGGUGGAGCUGAAUUAGAGAGAAAGAUGUCUUUGACGUACCCUUCUGCUGAUUUGAGCUGGGGAGGGUUGGUUUUUACUUCCCGUGGAUGCUCUUCCGACAGAUGUAGGAUACUGACUAUUGGCCUUCCGUAUCGGAAGCUUUCCCCACAUGGGGAACGUUGUUGUCGGCAGAGAAGGAGUUUCCGUUGUGAGGUGUCUUCAGUUCAGAGGCCAGAUGUUAUGAUAAACGUUAAUAUUGAAGAUGCCGUGUCAUCACUUGAUGCUAGUGUUGACUCUGACAAGGCUGUUUCAGUCUCUUCUUUACUAGCAGCUGUUGCUGAUGACCUUCGUAUCUUAAAUGAGAAUCUCCAGGCUGUAGUUGGAGCAGAAAACCCUGUUUUAAUGUCAGCAGCAGAACAAAUUUUUGGUGCUGGUGGAAAGAGAAUGAGACCUGCAUUAGUGUUUCUUGUGUCACGAGCCACAAGCCAAAUGGCUGGUCUAAAAGAUGUGGCACCACAGCAUCGACGUUUAGCAGAAAUUAUUGAGAUGAUCCACACAGCAAGUUUGAUACAUGACGAUGUAUUGGACGAAAGCAGCUUGAGAAGAGGAAAAGAGACAAUUCAUGAACUAUAUGGUACCAGAGUUGCAGUUCUAGCAGGAGAUUUCAUGUUUGCUCAGUCAUCAUGGUACCUUGCAAAUCUUGAAAAUAUUGAAGUUAUAAAGCUUAUUAGUCAAGUUAUUAAAGAUUUUGCAAGCGGUGAAAUAAAGCAAGCUUCAAGCCUUUUUGACUGUGAUCUUACCAUGGAGGAUUACUUGCUGAAAAGUUACUACAAGACAGCUUCUUUGAUUGCAGCAAGCACAAAAUCUGCUGCUAUUUUUAGUGGUGUCAGUGAAAGUGUAUGUAAUCAGAUGUACAAUUAUGGGAAGAAUUUGGGUUUGUCAUUCCAAAUUGUUGAUGACAUAUUAGACUUCACACAGUCAUCAGAGAAGCUUGGCAAGCCAGCAGCGAGUGAUCUGGCCAAAGGAAAUCUCACUGCCCCAGUCCUGUUUGCUUUGGAGAAGGAACCCAUGCUCCGAGAGAUCAUUGAUUCUGAAUUUACAGAAGUAGGCUCCUUGCAAUCUGCCAUUGAAUUAGUUCAUAGAGGUGGGGGGAUUGAAAGAGCACGUAGUUUAGCUAAACAGAGAGCUGAUAUUGCCAUCCAAAGCUUACAAUGCCUCCCUCAAAGUGAAUUGAGAAAAUCCCUUGAAGGGAUGGUGACAUAUGUUCUCGAGCGGUUGGACUAAAUGAUGACUUGGUUGAGCUGAAUGAAGACUAAGCUUUGAGAAAUGAGUUCAGAUAGAUUGAAACCUGUUCACGCUGCCAGCGAUCAAUAUUACUCACUGUGCUUUCAACAGAGUGGGUGUAUUAUAUUAUCAUUUUUCCCCAUGACCAGCAAUGCUACUUUAUUAAAGCAUUGUGAAUCAGUGCUGAUAAAAUAUAGUAUUACUGCAAUUGUUUGUUCAGGCUCAUUGUUUACGGAAAAUAUGCUGCGGAAAAAAGAGGGCACUUGCUUGAAUCGAUUCUUUGUUAUUUGGCUGCAAUGCUUUUCUGAAUAUUGUAAAUCAGUAAACAGUGACUCAGCUAGAGAAAUGAAAGGCUUGUUCAUGUAAA